CUUUUCUGGCACACAACAUUAAAAAUGGAAAAACUUUAAAAACACUUCUGAUUUAGUUGAUAAAGAAAAACAUUAAAUUUCAAAUAGCAGUUGUUAACAAUAAGUUUUUGCUUUUUAAUUUCUUAUAUUGAAUAUUCUAAAUAGAUGUGGUUAGCGUUGAAAACAAUUGACAAUCAACUGUCAAGAGGAGUGGUGGCGUCUUCUUCUUGGCGUCUCGAUUUAAUCAAAAUGCUUUAUUUCAUAAUGGACAGACAAUCAAUCAUGGUUCCCAGACGUGGUAAAAGAAUUACGGCUGGGAAGCAAGCAAAAAACCUAACUUUUAGCGAGUCCUAUCUGGGACAGAGAUCAGUGAAGUCGAAAGUAAAAAAAAUCAGAGAAAUAGGAAUGUGUCCUCCAAAGAAGUUGGCCAGAGUAGCUGUUGGUAAACCAAAAAAACCAGCCGUUGAAUGCUUUAAAAGUUCAAUUAACAGCCCACCUGUCAUUUCAUCCAACAGUUUACGGGAACAGUUAAGUGCUAACAACAGAAACCUCAACAAUUUUCAUGUCUCACCAGACAGCUCACCUAAGAGUUUACGUCAACAUUCUCAUCAACAGCAAACUAGUUUCAACAAUAGAGACCUCAACAAUUAUAAUGUCUCACCAGACAACUCACCUAAGAGUUUACGUCAACAUUCUCAACAGCAAAAUCGUUCCAACAAUGGAGACAUCAACAAUUAUCAUGUCUCACCAGACAGCUCAUCUAAGAAUUUACGUCAACAUUCUCAACAGCAAAAUCGUUUCAACAAUAGAGACCUUAACAAUUAUCAUAUCUCACUAGGGAGCUCACCAAUCAGUUCAAGUCAAAAUUCUCAACAACGAACUAGUUUUGCACCCAUUUCUAGCACACCGGUCCAUAAACGAAACUUAAUUAAGGAGACACAAUCGGAUAGUAAUUCCUUGAGUGUUUCCCGCAUAUCCCAUCAUAAAGGACACGAUGCUGAACCUUCCGCUUCGAAUAUUAAGCUACCAAAUGAGAUCGUGGACUACCUAACAAAAUCAAUGGUCCGACAGGACGAACUUUUUCGAGUAGUUCAGUCCCUGGUUGCUAGUAGACCAAUCACUACGUCUGAGGAAGAACACGACGAUUUCGUAGAAAAACUUCCCGAUUUCCCUAUUUCUUCUAUGGAAGACUUUCUUUCAUUGGAGAGUGAGCUGCUUCAAAAACGUUUCAACAUAUAUUUUGCAAGCUUAUUUCCAUUUUUUAAAUGUUCUCAUUUAAAGCAAGUUAUUUUUUUUUCUAUUAAGGUUCGUUACCUUAUAUCUUUGGGAGGUGGUACUCUUGCUGAUUCUUCCAAGCUUUUAUUAAGGCAUUGCUUAGAAAAGGAUGUUGCAAUCGAAUAUAGCCACCAAGGAAAAGGAAAACUGAAAAAAAAACCUUUGAACGCAACUGAAUUUUACAAAGCAUAUAAAGUUGCACUUCGCAAGCGCCACAAGAAAAUUUACGAUGAUUCAACGGUUAAUAACUGCAUUGUAAAUUUCCUGCGUGGUGCAAAGGAUCGCAAAGACGGAAGAAACCAAAGGCGUAAGAUUGCUGAAGAAGAUGAAGAAAACAAAGAAAACGAUAACAUCACAGACGAAGAAAAUGAAGACGAAGAAAAUGAAGACGAUGAAAAUGAAGUCCAAGGGCCUUCGGAUGAGGACUGAAAAUUUAUAUUAGUUGAUCUGUUUUUUCAGUUUCCGUUUGUUCAUUUUUUGUUAAAAUAAGUAAAUGUUACAAAUACAACAAUGAGCGAUGA